GCAGCGACAGUAAUUCAGUUUUGCGCGACCACUUGAUGCAAAAUGGUGGUACACAGGGUGACGGUCUAAGGAAAGUGAAGUGGCUCGUGUUGUGUAAUCAGUGACAAUAAUUAACAUUCAAUAUGUAUUACCAGACUCUAGUGCUCUGUUGUGUGGCCCUGGCCUCGGCCGACCAGUACCAGGACGCUCUGAAGAAACUAUGGAACAAAGACAGUGAUUCUGUGAUCGACGUCACCAGUGCCUCAAUUGUCAUCAAACCCUCAAGCUUCCAGUCCAGAGAGUCCAGGGUUCCAUACACGUAUCAACGAUAUGCCUUCAAACCCCGUGCUAUUCCCCUAAGACCAGAAGAGCCUCAAGUUGAGAGAAACAUGUAUUAUGCUGAUGUUAAGAAUAAAAGCAAUAUACUUUUCCCUGGUAAUUAUAUCCCAAUUGCCAAAGAGAAAAGUAAUUUGACGGAUGAUGGCCAGUUCCACGUUAGAGCAAUACCUUUGAUCAGAAGAGAAGAAUAUGAGAAACGGUCUUUGGAUGUUGAGGAACCAAUUAUUGAGAAACCUGAAGGAUUUUCAGAGCCUACUGUCUCAAGGAGAUCAUUAUCAUACAUAAUGGGCGAUGACGACGCAGAAGACGAAUUCGAAGACGAUGACAGAGAUUAUGAAGAAGAAGAAGAUGCAACUAGUAUCAAAGGAGAGGGAGAAGAGAGGCACAAGAACAAGAGAAAGAAGAUUAAGCCAAAGAAACUCAAGAAAUACAUGCUUCCUCUGCUACUGGCUUAUAAGAUGAAGUACUUCGCCCUGGUACCAGUGAUGAUCGCGGGACUGAUACUGCUGAUAGGAGCGACAGGUCUAGCAGGGUUCUUCUUCGCAUUAUUUGCAGCGGUCAUGGGAUUACAGAAAGGAGGAUAUUAGACACAGACCGAGGACACCGACUUCAAAUGUUUGAUAAGGAAAUCGAUUGGGACAAACAGAUAGAUGAAAUAUGAGAUUCUGUGGCAGAACUAUACUAAGAGGGCUGUAUUGAUUUUGUCGUGGGAUCUUGUAAUAUCGAUGAUGUUGAUGGAAUAAAUGUUAAUGAAGUCGGUAAUGGUAAAGGAAAAGUUAAAAUAAAGUCGACGACUCGCAGUUGCCAUUCAGUCUAAUUAAGCGUCCGUCCAGUAUCCACCCUGCUAGUCUGAUGUCGAAGAAAAGAAAGUCCACCGAUAGUUAAUUGGCAGAUGUUUCUAUUCUAUACCCAAGUAACAAAAUAUGAUCUUG